CUGCCCUCAUGUAAUGCAGCAUGGGCGAAGGAAGAGGCUCCAGAAGCCUUGGCUAAUCAAGUAAAGUCAUUGACCGUCAUUAAUUUUGGACAACUGAACGUAAAGUGAUGCCUCAACCAUGCCAAUAGUGGAUAAACUCAAGGAGGCUCUUAAACCUGGCCGGAAGAAUGCAGGCGACGAAGGCGACCUCAACAAACUGUUGGCCUCCUCUGCCAAGAAGGUCCUCCUACAGAAGAUCGAGUUUGAACCAGCCAGCAAGGGAUUCUCCUACCAGCUAGACAGCCUGAAGACCAAGUAUGUGAUCCUCAAUCCCAGGACUGAAGGAGCCUCAGGACAGAAGGCUGCAGAGCCCACUCAGAUAAAGAGGCAAAUCUCAGAGAAUGUGAUUGUGGGCCAGAGCGAUGGGGUUCCAGCCCCACAGAAGAUGCUCUUUCCAGGGAACAAGCUCACUUUGAAAUGGGAGCGUGUGUACCGGGUUGGAGCCGGCCUCCACAACCUGGGCAACACCUGCUUUCUCAAUUCAACAGUGCAGUGUCUGACCUACACCCCACCACUUGCCAACUACCUGCUAUCAAAGGAGCACAGCCGUGCCUGUCACCAGUCGGGCUUUUGUAUGAUCUGUGUGAUGCAGAACCACAUUAUUCAAGCCUUUGCCAACACAGGCAAUGCAAUCAAACCUGUGUCCUUCAUUAGAGAUCUGAAAAAAAUUGCCAGGCAUUUUCGAUUUGGGAGCCAAGAGGAUGCUCAUGAGUUUUUACGUUACACCAUUGAUGCCAUGCAGAAAGCCUGUCUUAAUGGCUACCCCAAGCUUGACAGGCAGACCCAGGCCACAACACUGGUCCACCAGAUCUUUGGAGGUUAUCUCAGGUCACGAGUCAAGUGCUCUAUUUGCAAAAGUGUGUCAGAUACAUAUGACCCUUAUCUGGACAUCGCUGUUGAGAUUCGGCAAGCGGCAAACAUUGUGCGAGCGCUGGAAUUGUUUGUCAAGCCGGACGUUCUAAGUGGAGAGAAUGCCUAUAUGUGUGCCAAGUGCAAAAAGAAAGUGCCAGCUACCAAACGGUUCACAGUCCAUCGAACAUCUAAUGUUCUGACCGUGUCACUGAAGAGGUUUGCCAACUUCAGUGGAGGGAAAAUAACAAAAGAUGUCGGUUACCCAGAAUUCUUGAACAUUCGCCCAUACAUGUCUCAGAGCUCAGGUGAUCCUGUUAUGUACGGCCUCUAUGCCGUACUGGUGCACUCUGGCUAUAGUUGUCAUGCUGGCCACUAUUAUUGCUAUGUGAAGGCAAGCAAUGGGCAAUGGUACCAAAUGAAUGACUCAAUGGUGCAUUCUAGUAACAUCAAAGUGGUCUUGAACCAACAGGCCUAUGUCCUUUUCUACCUGAGAAUCCCCGAAACCAAGAAAAAUGUGGAUGGGCAGACCACCAAGCAGGGAAUUGUGCAUUCGGGGAAGAACAGUGCGUCGUCUGAAUAUAUAAAGAAGGCCAACCUGAAUGGGCCUCUCUCUUCUCCACAAGUCACAAAGAAACUUGACCCAGCUCAGCUGCGAAAAAUCCAGUCCAUGGACAGUGGUUUGGGCCUACCCGUCUCCAGGAACGGCCUGAGUGGCCAGCCGCAGCCUAAGUUUUCCAAUGGGACCUCGUCGUCCCGGGGCUCCGUGAAGCCACUCGGUGGGCCGACGGUGAUUGAGGAGCCUUUCAAGAAGCUUAAGAAGACCUCUCCCCAGAGCCAGGCCCAGUCUCGCAGCAGCACCCCUGCCCCUUCAAAUGGCAUCAGCCGAUCAGAGGGAGACAGAAGGCAAGGCAGCGAGGGCAGGGGCCUGGCAGUAUCUACCUCAAUCAAGUCUCUGUCCGACUCUUCCUCAGCCGAAACCACCGACUCCAAGGAAUCCAUUGGUCCAAAAAGUGCUCCAGUAGGAGAGACUCCCUCCACCCCAAGAAAAGGUGCAAAUGGUUUGGCCUCUCCAGCCAAGAGUGUAGAGCGGGUUCAGGGCACAGAGGAGCAGAAGGCGGUGAAAUUAAAACCCCCCGCCCUCAGCAACAUUACAUCUGAACCCACCAGUACUAUGUCACCUCCGCCCGCCAAGAAACUGGCCCUGUCGGCCAAAAAGGCCAGUCGCAGCCAGAGUCCGAGCAGCACUGAUGCUGUGCCCCCCUCGCCUCGCCAGCUGUUCAGUGACCCUAUGCAUCAAACUCGACUUCACCCCUUCACAUCCGCCUCACCCACUCAUUCUCACAGAACCAGUCCAUUCCAUUCACUCAAAACACAGUCGCUGCCUGCGGCCCAUGUCCACCCAGGAGGCCCAUUGAAACAGCAAAGCCCACAGAAACGGUCCCUUCAAACCACACUGCUGAAAACUAGCCCCACUCUCUCUCUCAAAUCCAACGGGCUACACAGUCCUCCUCCAAAGAACCCCAGCUCUUCCAAUUUCCCCAGCUCCGAUCUCCAAGAUCCUGGGCUCAGCAGCCCUCUAGUCCAAACGAUCAAUCAAAAGAAGAAGAAGAAGAAGAAAAGGAAACGCCGUCAUUCUGAGGUGGAGGCUGACCCGGAGCCUGUCACGUCUCAGGCUGCAGCACUUAAGCCGAAUUCGGAGGAACCAGCAGGUGAGAGGAGGCGAAAGAAGAAAAAGAAGAGAAAGAGGGAGGAUGCUGGAAGAGACGACAAGGUGAAGGAGAGGGAGUGCGUCCUGUCUCACCUGGAGUCCCAGGCUCAGGAGGACUGGUGUCGAGGCGGGUUCUGGAGUCUGACUACCCCGUCCGAAGCGGUCCCAGAGCAGGCCAAGCAAAAGACUCGGCCCAACGCUGAACUCCAGCCUAUGCAGCCCCAAAAGCCACAGUUUGUUCCGACACAGCAUGACCCCAAGAUAAAUCAGACGGGUCAGAGUACGGUCUCUGAGUUGUCGCUGAAGAAGAGGAAAAAGAUGAAAGCGAAGGUGGCUCUAAAGGAAGCUGCUUUGGUGUGCUCUGCAACAGAAAGUAGUUCUGGCUUUAAGGGCACUACUGUUGGAAAUAACACUGAAAAUCUUCUCAAGUUGAAGACAAAAUUAAAAAAGAAAAAGAAGAGGCUAAAAGAAGAGAUAAAGUCAUGGGAGGAGAGCAGGCGUAGCGGAGACGGGGAGUGCAACAACCCUGAUCCACUUGGGCUCCCUCCUAAAAAGAGCACUGUGGAGAUUAACAACUCGAGAAAAAAUAUCACAGCCACCGUAGUAGUGUGGGACAGUCAGGUGAAGGACGGCUACAAGCGCUGCCAGGCGCCUGCUGCUGAAGAGGAAGGAUCUGGAGACGGCCCUCCCCGCAUUGCCUCUGUGGCUUGGGAUGGCAAAAGGAACAGUGGCGUGGUGGAGGAACUGCUGAAGAACGCCACAGACAAGGCCUAUGGCACUAACGUCCUCAGUUGGGAUGGAGAGGUUUCUGCUGUAAGCAGAGACGCCAUUGAGGAUACACACCGCACUAAGAAUGAAAAGGUGAUCGACGAGUGGGACGAAGAAUUCGACAGUGGAAAGGUGAAGAAAAUGAAAAACUUUAAGAGAGAGAAGUGCAGGAGCGGUAGUAGCAUCUUCCAGAAGAUCCAGGACAGGCGGAACAAGUGGUCUGUAAUGCCUGGGGGGAAGAGGACUUUUGGAAUACGUCGCUGAGAGUCCAGACCGUUGAGGCAAUGCUGACCUGAAAUUGAGACGACAAAUGCAUUCAGCCCUCUCUACCUAUAUUCUGUUGUUUUUUUUCUUUCUUUUCUUUUUUUUUUUUUUAACCCAAAUCACAGAUAAGAGAGCUACUGUAAAAGCAGCAGGGCAGGUUUGCUUGAUUUAUAAGAACUUCGAUCCCAGCCAACUUCAAAUUUCGGUUUUUGAUUUCGGUACCAAUGGGCUGAGAAAACCAAUUAGUCAUAUUUUCUAUUCAAAUGUAUCACAUGUAGCGCAAGCUGCUUUCUGCAUGUUAUCUUUUUAAAGAUCUUAACAUCAUCUUGUCAACCUAAAAGACCUUGAUGUUGUAAAGUAUCAAAAUAAAAUGAUCCAUAUGUAUA